GGCCGCGUCCCCGUGGCCGUGAAUGAGCGCGGGGGGCGGGAGCGGAGCGGAGCGGGAGCGGGCGGGCCGCGCUCCCACCGCGCUCCCACCGCGCCGCGCCCCACAAAAGUGCGGGGCUGCCGCUCCGGGCCCAGCGCCGCCGCUUCCCGGGCCGGAGGGGCGCGGAGCAGCGCGGGCCGAGCGGAGCCGCUGCCGGGGGCGCUGCGCCGCGCCGGGUUUUUUAUUUCCAAUUUCUGAUCGCAGCUGCAUUUCCCUCCCUCCGCCCCCCCGCGCCGAGGAGGAGCCCCGGCUUUAUGUGGUGCUGCCCGGGGAGCGCUCGGCGGCCGGGAAGUUCUUUGUGUCGCCGUCGCCUUCCUUUUUUUUUUUUUUUUUUUUCCUCCCCCCCCCCACCUUUUUUUUCCCUUUUUUUUUUUUUUUUUUUUUUUUUUUUUUUUUGGUGUGUGUGUUUAAAUGUAUAACUUCAUGGGGCUGAACAGCACGGCCGUAGCUAUUCAGCCCAAUGUGUCCUGCACAUGCAACUGCAAAAGGUCUUUGUUCCAGAGCAUGGAGAUCACGGAGCUGGAGUUUGUACAGAUAAUCAUAAUCGUGGUGGUGAUGAUGGUGAUGGUGGUGGUGAUCACGUGCCUGCUGAACCACUACAAGCUGUCUGCGCGCUCCUUCAUCAGCCGGCACAGCCAGGGCAGGCGGCGGGACGAGAACCUCUCCUCAGAGGGAAGCCUGUGGCCUUCGGAAAGCACCGUGUCGGGGACCGGCAUAGCGGAGCACAUCUACACCCCGCGGCCCAGCGAGCGCCUGGCCGUGCCCUCCUUCCUGCAGCGGGACCGCUUCAGCCGCUUCCAGCCCACCUACCCGUACCUGCAGCACGAGAUCGACCUGCCGCCCACCAUCUCGCUGUCGGACGGCGAGGAGCCCCCCCCGUACCAGGGACCCUGCACGCUGCAGCUGCGCGACCCCGAGCAGCAGAUGGAGCUCAACAGGGAGUCGGUGCGGGCGCCCCCCAACAGAACCAUCUUCGACAGUGACUUGAUAGAUAACUCGGUGUUCGGGGGGCCGUGCCCCCCCAGCAGUAACUCUGGCAUCAGCGCCACCUGCUACGGCAGCAGCGGCAGGAUGGAGGGGCCGCCGCCCACCUACAGCGAGGUGAUCGGGCACUACCCCGGCUCCACCUUCUACCAGCACCAGCAGAACAACAGCGGGGUGCCCCCCAUCCUGGAGGGCAGCAGACUCCAUCCCCCGCACAUCAAUGGCCUUGAGAGCACAACGACCACCACGACGACGACGACGGCGUGGAACAAAGAGAAAGAGAAACAAAAAGGGCACCCCUUUUAAAAAAAAAAAAAAAAAAUUAUUUAAAAAAAAAAAAAAUGGGAAAAGGAAAAAAAAAAAGAAAAAAGGCAAGAAAGUAAAUGAAACACUCUGCACUUCUCGUUAAAAGAAAAAGGAGAGAGAGAGAGUUGAGGAAGAUGAGCAAAGAAAAAAAAAAAAGAAGCCCUUCCCCAUCUCUCCGUGUAUAAAUAUUUACUUGUUAUGUCUGGUCUGAAUGCACAAGCCUACCAAGCUUGCAAAAACAUUUCUUUAUUGAGCUAUGUCUAGACGUUUAAAAAGGAAAAAAAAAAAAUCAACUGUAGUCUUUUUUUUUUUCGUUUGUUUCUAGUUGGGCUGUGUGUGAAUGCUUUUUUUUUUUUUCGUUUGAUUAUUUCACUUAUCUUUAAAAACAAAAUAUUUGCACAAAAACCAUUUUGUUUAAAGAUCUGCAAUAUAAAUAUAUAAAUAUAUAUUAAAAAUAAGAGAAAGUGUAUGUGUAAGGAGCAGGAGUAUUUUUGUAUUAGAAGAGGCCUAUUCAAAAAAAAAAAAAAUUGUUUUCUGAACUAGAAGAAAAAAAUGGCAAUUUUUUGAGUGCCAACUCAAAAAGCAUGUAUUACAUUGUAAAAAAACAAAAAACAAAAAAAAAUCAAAAGCAGGGGUUUAGAGUUAUUUAUAUAAAUGUUGAAAUUUUGCACUAUUUUUUAAUAUAAAUAUGUCAGUGCUUGUGUUGGUCAAAGCCUCUAUCAUGUCUACCAUGAACCUGUUAAGGGAUCUGUGUGGAAGUGAAGAACAAAGUAGCUGGAAGGGGAGGAGGAUCGCUGGAGUGGAGAUGCCAGCCCUGGGCGGAGCGGUGAGCGAGACUGCAGCUUAUGCAAAUCCUUAAUUUCCAGAGUCCCUGCCCGUGGCCGCCGACAGCCACGGCUUUUAUACAUUCCCUACAAAGCAAGAGGAGUCGGUGUGUGUCUGUCUGUCAUCCCGUAGGAUUAUUGGAGUAACAAGGUAAAAUGAAAACUCCCUGCUUCCCGCAGUCAGGAAUGACUGAAGCAGGCAAAAAUUACUUGAUUUUUUUUUUUUUUUUUUUUUUUUUUUUAUUUGGACAACCUCUAACUUUUCGGAGGGGAGGGUGGUGGGGGUUGAGAAUAAACUUCUGUGUCUGAAGGAACAAAAGUGUUUUUCGGUUUAUUUCUUUCCAUGUUCAACUGAAGGGCCCUGUUGGAGCCAAAGCAGUGGUGGUGGAAGUCAAUGUGAGGAACUGGUAGCACACCCACUGGCUGCCCUUCAGCUGGGUUUAGAUGUCUCGUUGAAAGGACGAGCUGGAGAGUGUGCUGAACAUCAUUUUAAUUUUAUUCCAACCUCCCAAACCUCAAUUUGGGAUGAGCGGGCGCAGCCGUGUCCCGCGGUUGUCGCUAUUUUUUACUUUUGUUAUCCAGCUAAAGAGGCACCAGGUAGAGUAGAUGGGAAUGAAUCUGCUCCUGUGUUGUAUUAAUUAAAGGCUACAAAAAUCAUGCUUAAGGCUUUAGAAGCAGCCCCCACUCACCUCUUCUGGAGCCCUCCCCCAGGUCCCGCUGCCCUCCCGCCGUUCGUUUCUCUCGGUUUCGGAAGCGUUUUUGUCUUGCUCUGCUCUUGCUGACAUUUUCUGUCACCUCGGUGUCUGGUGAAUUUGUGAGUGAGUGGGAAACCUGAGAGAGCGAGGGGGAGAAGGCAAAAGGGAAAAAUCCCAUGUGGGUCCCGAGGAGGGGUCGGUAGGAGCCACAGAGAGCGAGGAUUCUACAGGGGGGUGUGAUUUGAUUUCCUGCAGGAUGCUAUCUAGUAGAGUGACAUAAAUGAAAGAUAUAAAGGCAAUAACUCUUGUUUUUAAGCAACUUUUUUAUUACUUGAAAAAAAAAAAUAACCAUGAGAACGGUUUUGAAGUUCUGACCAUUUGAACAAUAUUUAUAUAUAUUUUAAAGAAGAUGAUGAAUAGCUGAACUUGAAGUUUGAUCAUUGUUUUUUUUUUUUUUUUUUUGCUUUUUUGCUUUUCUUAUUUUAUUUCUGCCUAGAAAUAGUCCUGUACCUUCUCAAUACUUCAAACUGCUUUUCCACAGCUCUUGAAAUGUUCAUAGUUUAACAGUCACGUAACCUAAAUUUUGCUGACCUAAAAAAAAAAAGAAAAAAAAGCCACAAAAAAAAAGUACCGCAAAGGAAUAAAUCUAGUUUGUCACGAAAGGUACAAAACUGACGAAUUUGUACGAGUUUUUAAAAUGUAUCUUUCCUUUAUGUAACAUGUCUAUUUAGUGCCUUAUUAAAGAAACAGUAACCCUCAAUUCUUAGAGAGGGGGACACAAAAUCAUCGUUAGCAUUACGAGUAACCAGCGUCUGGUCUCUUGCUCCUUUGGACCUUGCAUUCACUUUUCCAGUCCCUUUUUCCCGGAGCAGCUCCCUGUGCCUGGCCACACCUGCUGCUCCCUCGGCCGCUGCUCUGCUCCGACUGUUCUUAGGGAACUUGAACACGUUUUAUGCACAUUAUCCUACCCGGGGAGGUAGGAAUCCGUGGUGGAUAUUGUAAAUGAGAUACCAACCAAAAGAGAAAGCGAAAUAUAAUAUCUACUGCCCUCUUGAGCCAAAAUGCGUGAAUAGUGUUGUUGGGGUUGGGUGUUUGUUUUGUUUUUCUUGGUUUGUUUUUUUUGGGGAGGGAGGGGGGGUUGUUCAGUGACCUGAACUAGUUUUGUUUGCUAUUAAAAAAAAUACGGUUACCUCAGCAGAUUUUGGGUGGAAUAUGCAUCACAUGUUUAAAACUGAGCAGUGAGUACAGAGGUGGUGUGGAGACCAGAGGUUGUCAAGGAACGAGAUUGUCUUGUCCCAGGGUGUCACCUGGCCACCAAACCCCGUGGAAAAGUCAGGGAAGCGGGCAGGGGCUGGAUAGGCACAGAGGGGUAGUGGGAGAGGGUCUGAAGAUGCAGUGCAAUUGAACCCAGCUCUCAUGCUUGAAAGUCCUCAAAAUUUCAACCAAUUCUCUUUUUCUUUUCCCUCUAUUUUCUUCCUCCCUCCCCAGACCUCUCCCAGUGUGAGCUUUUAUUUGUCUGGUGUCACCCCAAGCUCUGCAGUUGAGUGAUCAAUUUGUUGAGUUCCUGGCUCCAGUUUCAUUUACCUCUUUCUCUAGUUUGGGGAGCCUAAUGAGUGUGAAACGGGGUGGCUCAUCAGCACCAAAUUUCUGUUGCAAACGAUGCCUUUCAGCCCAUCCAUGCACAAACCCCAAGCUCCCACUUUUCCCUGGUCUGCUGCAGCUCCAGUGGGGAGAGCCCCAGGCCCCAGGCAGUGGGUGCAGCUCCUCAGCAGAGCUCAGCUGUUAUCUUUUGUCUUUUCUUCUGUCCAUCCCUCUCUUUGCAGUCCUGACAACUGUGUAUUUCAAGUGCAGAUACCAGAUCUGGGGCCCAGAUCAACUCCAAGUUCUGAAUGGGUGUUUAGAAAUAAUGGUCUGUUCUUUUUUAUUAUUAUUAUUGUCGUUGUUAUUGUUAUUAUUAUUAUUACUACUAUUUAAUGUUACUUUUUGCCUCGGGGUCCAUUUCUUCCCCAUUCCCACAUCCUGAAUUGCCACCAAGGCAGGGAAUUUGCUUUGCACACCCUCACUGAUGCCCCAUUCCCUCUGGCCUUGGUGCAGCUCAGUGGAGAGCGGUGCUAGAUUGUCCUGCAGCUGCCAGCACAGAGAUUCAGGCCCCUUAAAAAGUGAUUUAUUUUUAAAGAAGUACAGAAGAAUCAAGGCAUUGCUAAUGCUUAGCAACCUCAUGUCCUUAGCCUGCCUUUUUGCUCGGAGUUUUACGUGGCGUUAGCUUUAAAAGGGGUUGUUCAUCUCACAGAGUUUCUCAGCUUUCAGUACGGCAAACAGCAUCCUUAAAGUGCCCCCAAACCCUCCUGGAAUGGGAUGGGAACAUGGCUGUGCUGAUUUUGGUGAGGAGGAGGGAUGGGUUUUGUUUGGGGCUGACACUGGCCAAACUUGUGUUCCCUUCACAGCCCUUGGGUUACACUGGUUUGAAGAUUCAGCUUUACUAAUCCAGCGUGUUGUUUCCAUGUUACAAAAUUCAUUCUGUCUUAAGUGGGGUCUAAGGAAAUCCAAUUGCUUUCUGGAGAAUCACCCUUUUGUAUGUGUAUUGAAUUAUAGAAUUGCACUAACUGCUAUAUUAAAAAAAAAUAAAGACAUCAAAGCCCAAUGGUUUUCCUAAGAAUUGGGAAAAGACUGAAUCAGAUGUGUAGCAUUAACAGUGCUAGGCCAGAACAGAAUGAAUUUUAAUCUCUUCUGUCUCUGUACUGCUCAGAGAUUUUUCUGUGUACAACACAAAGCUACAAAAAACAAACAAAAGUUUUCCAGAAACUGCGCUUCAAAGUUUUGCUGUACUAUAGAAGCUCAUGAAGGACAACAUUAAAGUCCUAAUUUGCCUGCCUUAUAGACACAUUUCAUUGUAUUAAUAUUUUCUUAAACUUCCAGUUGCAUUGUGUUGGCUUUGGAGUUUGUUAUAGGCAGUCCUGUAUCCUGAGUUCUGUUCAAUUUAAACUUAUGUAAACUAUUGACAGCACAUGCAAUGCAGUACUUAUCUAUAUUUUGCUGUUUUAGUAUGAAUAUGUACUCUGAUGCCAAUUUACAAAAAUCUGUUGUAAACGCUUCUUGUGUACCAGUAACCGAUAGCGGCAAUUAUAUGUCAUUCUAAAAGCUGCAAUACUUAUACAAUAAAUUUUACAAUACUUUGGAAAAUUUGCCUUCACCUUUUGCUUUGUUACCCAAAAAAAAAAAAAAAAAAAAAAGAAAAGAAAAAAAAAAUCAGGGUUUGUCAACACAAUGUAAUUUCGAUUUUCCCAUUUUCUUCUGGAAUGUUGGAAAAUGAAUCUGCUCAGUUUUGGAUAUUUGUGUGGGUUCCCCCUUCCUCGUUCUGAACCACGGCCCCUCCUCUGUGUUGCCACCGUGCCCUCCCCGUGGAGCUGUAGCUGGUUCCUGGUGCAUUUGCAUGCUCCAUGUGUGUGUGUGUGUGCAUGUACAGCUGGUUCCUUUGGAGCAGAGCAGGUGGCACAGCUCUAAUCCCAGAAGAAGCAUUCCUGGUUUGCAGCACUCUGCCCAACACUCGCGGUCCUGCCUUCCAGCCGAGAACGUCACUGAUGCUCAGAAGGUCUUAACUUGAAUAACGUCAAUCGACAAGAACUGCCCAGAUUGACUCAAAUCCUAAGCACAGAGAAUUUGUGGGACUUUUAUUUCCUUUCUGAAACUGUGGUCAAAUUGCAGUGAUCACAUUAAAGCGAUUGAAAACUUGA